AGAGAAGCUGGGGGCGGGGCGGGGCAGGAGAGAGAUCCAGAGUCGGAAGCCCGGGGUUCGAGCCCCGGCUUCGCUCCUGCGCGCCCCACCCCCCGCUGGGCGCCUCGAAAUUCUGCGUCUCUGUUUACUUCUCCGACACGUGAAGGGCGAGGGUCCAGAGGUCCAGCUCCUAAGAUUGGGGGGAAGAGGGUUGGAGAAUAAAUAGGGAUCAAUUUAAUUGAUGACGCGCCCGUUUAUUAAAAUCCGGGCCGUGCGGCGGAGGCCGAGAUCCGAGGGUUUGGGCCUGGGCGCCGCCUGAGCGCGUCUCGUUCAAGGAUCGUAGCGUCAGAGAGAAAGAGAUGCUCGGGCAUUAUCGAGUCCCGCUCCCGUCAUUUUACAGACUAGGGGACCGAGCCUCCUGUUCGUUAAUCGAGGCCCGAGGAGCUCGUGUAAGCCUUUGUUCACUGUCACACAGACACGUUGUGGAGAUCGAGGAGAGACGCUCCAUCAUCGUCUUCAUAGCCUCAUCUUCCCCCUUUGCUGUUGAAAAUGCUUUACCUGAUUGGUCUGGGCCUGGGAGAUGCUGAGGACAUCACUGUGAAGGGACUGGAAAUUGUCAAGAAAUGUAGCCGAGUGUACCUGGAAUCGUACACCUCAAUCCUGUCUGUAGAGAAGGAAAGGCUGGAGCAGUUUUAUGGAAGACCAUUGAUUACUGCUGACAGACAGGUAGUGGAACAAGAAGCAGAACAAAUUUUAAAGGAUGCUAAUGCCACUGAUAUUGCCUUCCUUGUCGUGGGCGAUCCGUUUGGGGCCACGACACACAGUGAUCUUGUUCUAAGAGCAGUAAAGAUGGGGAUCCCAUACCGAAUUGUUCAUAAUGCUUCCAUCUUGAGUGCUGUCGGCUGCUGUGGUUUGCAGUUGUAUAAUUUUGGAGAAGUAGCUUCCAUUGUUUUCUGGACAAGGACUUGGAAACCAGAAAGCUUCUUUGACAGAGUGAAGACAAACAGACAAAAUGGCUUGCACACACUGUGCUUGCUGGACCUCCAAAUAAGGGAACGGUCUUUGGAAAAUCUAAUAAAGGGAAGGAAGAUCUAUGAGCCUCCACGAUUCAUGACUGUGAACCAAGCGGCCCAGCAGCUUCUGGAGAUUGUUGAAAACCAGAGAGCUCGUGGAGAGGAACCAGCAAUCACCGAGGAGACAAUCUGUGUGGGCCUGGCCAGGGUGGGAUCUGAGGAGCAGAAAAUUGCUGCUGGCACCUUAAAGCAAAUGUGUACUGUGGACCUGGGUGGCCCUUUGCAUUCAUUAAUUAUAACAGGAAACUUGCAUCCUCUGGAGUUAGAAAUGCUGAAACUCUUUCCUAUGCCAGAAGAUGACUCGGAAACCCCAAGUGUUGAUAGCUCCUGCCCAUAGCCACUGUUUAUCCUCUCCUUUAUUUCAGUGUCAGAUGUAUAUACAAACAUGUGCAAUUUCAAAAGACAAAACAAAAUGGACAAAUAUUUGGAUUCAUCUCAUGAAUAAAAAAAAGGAAGAUAAAUUUAUUGAACAAAACCUACUUUGAUUAGAAGCCGUAUCAUUCCUUCUGAUGUUAGGAUCAGUUGGUGUCACCUUGACUUCCCAAGAUAAUUUUGCUUGCAGGAGAGUAGCAUAGACAUGAGCAGGUUGGUUUUAAAACUUUUCCUUCACUUAAGAAAUUGGGUUAAAAACUGCUUUGACUGCAAUUAUAGGGUAAAACUUAGAGGGACAGUUGGAAUGUGAAUCAUUCUGACUUAAACCCAGCUCCCACUUUUGAAGGGAAAGAAAUGACAGCUGUUAGAAGAAAGCUAAGUAAAUGAUUGGUAACACUCCACUCACCGUAAUUUGCUUGUCACUUUGUGCAAGUAUAGGAUGAAUUACUCUGCCUGGAGUUAAUGGUAAUGCUCAGAGAAAGAUUUGGAGAGAACAAAUCACCACCCAGAUCCCACCCACCUAAAAGUACAACAGCACAUACCCUGUCAAGUGACACCCAUCUGAAUUGGCUUAUCUCGUUUAAACUGACAUCCUAAUUAUGUGGCACAAGGCUGGCUACAUUACAUGGUUAUGUAUUGCAUUGGAAAUGCUGGAUCAGCCACAUAAAGUUGCCAUUGGAUUUCAAAUGGAUACCAUACAUCCAUGCUGACAGAGGACUUUGACUAUGGAGGAAGAAAGGACGUUUUAAAAAGCUUAAGACCGUAGUCUGUUAAAGAUUGCUCAUUCAGUGGAGCUCCUUAAAUCUCAUCAUUCAUGUACAAGCUUGUUGUGUUAUAACAGUAAUAUUUAUUAUAAGCCUCGGCCUCAGUGCCCACUCCUGUGUAGCUUCAGGCAUUAAACGUGAUGUGUAGUAACUGUAAAUGUAAAUUCUACUAGACAGGCCUUUUCCUUCCAGGGGUCUGAGCAAGUCAUCCUUUCUCUUUGUUGCUGGGCACAUAGUUUCCUUAGUUACUUUUUGGAGAUACUUACUGAAAAUAUAUCCUUUAUAUGUUUAUGAUAACAUGUAUCAAUUCAUGUGAUAGUUAUCUGUCAAUGUAUUAUGAACUGUGAGUUGGGGGAGGGAUGGGGAAGUGGUCAGUACUAACCCUAUACUAUUAUAUCCUAUAUUUUGAGGUCUGAAACUUUUAACUGUAAAAGUGCUAUAACUGUCAGCGAGGGAGGAAAUAAGACUUGCAAAUGCUAUGACUAUUGGCUGAACAAUCAGUGGCUAGUUUUGUUUAUGUAAAGACAGGUUUUUAAUGUAAAAAAACUUAAUUCUGAGGUUAUUGAGGGUUGGUAUUCAGCUGCCACGACCAAAGAGUGGUGGCUCUUGUCUACAAAAGGAGGUUUGGGACCAGGGCUGAACAAUAUGCACAUGGGUUCUGGGCACGGCAAAUGAAUGGCCCAAAGGAGACACAGAAUCACAGGAUUUAAUACUUGGAAGGAACCUCAGUAGCCACUUAGUCCAACUCAUCAUGAAAGGAAUCCAUUACAGUAGCCAACACCCUCUGUUUGAAGACAUCUAGGGAAAGGAAAACUUCUUAAAGUAGCCCAUUACACUUUUGGACAGUUCUGCCUUAAAUUUGUUUAUUUGCAACAUCAGCAACAUCAGCCAAUGUUCUUGGUUCUGACUUAUAAGGCCAAACAGAACAAGUCCAGUCCUUCCUUCAUGUGACAGCUCUUUAAAUAUGAGAAGUUAGCAUGACUCUCCUGAGUCUUCUCUGCCCCAAACUAAACAUUUCCUUUUACUGAUGAUGAAACAGACUCAAGAUCCUUCACUGUCCAGGUUGACCUCCUCUGAAAACUCUUCUACUUUUUAAUAUCCUUAAACAGAGGUUCCCAGAACUGAGCACAAUACUUGUGAUGAGGCCUGAUCAGGGCAAAGAACAAUAGGAAUAUGGCCUAUGUUUAUUGGACACAUACUCAACACAGCCCAAGAUCUCAAUAGAGAUGGUGGAUUCUAAACCAUUGGCUCCAUAAAUAUGGACAAUUAUUAGGUCUGAGGUAAGUAAUUUCAAAGGUGGGAGCUUGUUUGCAAGCUCAUUGGAGAUUAACCUGGUCUGUGUCUCAUAUUACAGCUCUUCAGCUCUUUCAGAUGUGAAAAAUUUGGGGGCUUAAAGUGUCCAGUGUAGGGUAGGGGAACAUUUGAUUUGGAGAUAGCCAAACAUUAAGUCCUUACUGUGUGCUAGAUACUGUUAAGUGCUGGAUACACAUUUCAGAUCUUGGCUUCGUGACUUGUGUGACUUGAAUAAAUCAUUCAAUAUUUCCAGGC